CUCCGUAGUCAGCCAAAUACAUUUACAUAAAUGGAAACGCAGGGAGUAUACUCUCAUGCAUUCUUCUUGUAGAUUUAUUUUGCGAUAUCAUUUUUUUCCUCUAUUUCUCUAAAUUUACACUUGAUCAUACAUCGCCUUAAUUUGUCCAAAAAUGGGGGAUCACAUAGGCAGAGGAGAGGAAUAUGAGAAGCAAGCUGAGAAAAAGCUUAGUGGGUGGGCCCUAUUCGGCUCCAAAUUUGAAGAUGCAGCUGAUUUAUUUGAUAAAGCUGGCAAUUGUUUCAAACUCGCCAAAUCUUGGGAUAAAGCUGGAGCUGUAUAUGUGAAAUUGGCAAAUUGUCAUCUAAAGUUGGAUAGCAAACAUGAGGCUGCUAAUGCUUAUGCUGAUGCUGCUCAUUGCCAUAAGAAGACCAAUACUAAGGAGGCAAUAUCUUGUCUAGGGCAGGCAGUAAACAUAUUUCUGGAGAUUGGAAGGCUAAGUAUGUCUGCAAGAUAUUACAAGGAAGUUGCUGAAUUGUAUGAGCAAGAGCAAAAUUUGGAGCAGGCUAUCGUUUUCUAUGAGAAAGCAGCUGAUCUCUUCCAGAGUGAAGAUGUAACAACAACUGCAAAUCAGUGCAAGCAGAAAAUUGCAGAGUUCUCUGCUCAAACAGAGAAAUAUCAGAGAGCAAUUGAGAUAUUUGAGGAGAUAGCACGAGACUCGGUCAAGAACAACUUAUUGAAGUAUGGAGUUAGAGGACAUCUUCUUAAUGCUGGUAUUUGCCAGCUUUGUAAAGGUGAUGUCGUUGCAAUUAACAAUGCAUUAGAGCGUUAUCAGGAAUUGGAUCCCACGUUUUCAAGUACACGUGAGUACAAAUUGUUAGUGGAUUUGGCAGCUGCUAUUGACGAGGAAAACAUUGACAAGUUUACUGAUGUGAUCAGAGAAUAUGAUAACAUGACACGACUGGAUGGUUGGAAGACAACACUUCUACUGAAAGUGAAGGAAGCAGUGAAGGCUAAGGAGCUAGAGGAAGAUGAUCUCACUUGAGUUUUUUCUUCCCUGACAGUCUCAUACUAUUUGUGAACUACAUUGGUUUUUUCUUUUGUUACAUAAUCAUAUAUCUAAUAGCGUUGUUUAUUACCCUGAUAUAUAGUUUUGCAUUAUGUUGAUACAACACUUGGUUCCA